CGGAGCGAGCGUCCAUGGCGCGGGACGGUAAGCGCCAUCGCAGCAGUAGCCCGGAUCGCGGCGGCGGCGGCGGCGACAGGGACGAGGAUUCUAAGCAUCGUAAGUACUCCCAUCACCACAGCCGCGAUAGAGAUCGCGAUAGAGAUAGAGACAGAGAUAGCCGAGAUAGGGGUCGAGACCGGGAGAGAAGCAGCAGGGAGAGGAGCCGCAGCCCGGACAGGAGGGGGAGGAGCAGGCAUUCUUCACGCAGCCCAUCCCGUGACAAUGAGCCCGGCAGGCACAAUUCUUCCAGUAGAGCAUUUGGAAAGUGGAAGCAAAGGAGUCCCAAUCCUGGUGAGAAGUGGGAGAGACGCGAUGAGCAGCAGCAGCAGCAGCAGGAAGAGCUUGUGCCGAAUAGCAAAGAGCGCGAGCAGCUGGACAAGCAAUCGAUGAAAGCUCUGGCAGCGAUCCAGGACGGGAGUAAGAAAGCCAAGAGAGUGAUUGUCAAGCAGCGCGGCAAGUUCGACUGGGAGAACACCGAGGACACGUCCCAGGACAUGAUUCCUAUAUGCCACGGCCAGCUUCUCUUUGGACGGGGUUUCUAUGCCGGCAUGGAUCGACGAGAGCAAAAGAAGCAGUCGGCAAAGAUCGACCGGGAAUCCAAAGGACAGAUCGAACCCAAGUCACUGAAAUCGAGCUAUGAUCCUUUCGACGACAUGCCGGUGGACAGGCACUGGUCCGAGAAGGAGAUACACGAGAUGACGUCGAGAGACUGGAGGAUCUUUCGAGAGGACUAUAACAUUUCCUACAAGGGGUCGAGGUUCCCGAAUCCUGCUAGGAACUGGGAGGAGUCUGGGAUUUGCCCCGAGAUACUCAGGGCCGUGCAAGAAGCCGGAUACAAGAAGCCUACUCCCAUCCAGAUGGCUUCCAUUCCACUGGGACUCCAGCAGAGAGAUGUUAUUGGGAUCGCCGGGACUGGCUCCGGGAAGACGGCGGCCUUCGUGAUACCGAUGCUCAUGUACGUGUCCAGGCUUCCCAAGAUGACUUUGGAGAGAGCCAUCGAGGGGCCUUACGCGCUGGUGAUGGCUCCAACCACGGAGCUCGCGCAGCAGAUCCAGGAGGAGACCGUGAAGUUGGCGAAGUAUAUGGACAUCAACGUGCUGUCGCUCGUCGCCGGAGAAGCCAUCGGGGGGCAGAGCUCGAAGCUACUGCAAGGGUGUGAGAUCGUCAUCGCCACUCCGGGACGGCUCUUGCACUGCCUGGAGCAGGGAUACGCGGUGCUCCACCAGUGCAACUACGUGGUUCUGGACGAGGGCGACAGGAUGAUCGCGCUGGGUUUCGAGGAACAGGUGAUUGACGCCUUGGAAGCGAUGCCGUCGAGCAACAUGAAGCCCGAGAGCGAGGACGUGGAGCUGGAGGACAGGAUCUACCGGACGACGUACAUGUUCAGCGCGACGAUGCCGCCGGCGGUGGAGAGGCUGGCCAAGAAGUACCUGAGGAACCCGGUGGUGGUGACGAUCGAGGAGAUGAGCAAGCGCAUCAGCCAGAAGGUGAUGAUGGUGGACGAGGAGGAGAAGCCCAAGCGGCUGCGGCGGCUGCUGGACGAGCUGGGCGAGAUGUCGACGAUCGUGUUCGUCAACACCAAGAAGCAGGCGGACAAGGUGUCGAAGCAGCUCCACGACAUGGGGAUCAAGGUGGCGACCAUCCACGGCGGCAAGACGCAGCAGAAGCGGCAGACCAACUUCCAGGACUUUCGGAGCAAGCGGCGGAGCUGCCUCAUCGCGACGGACGUGGUGGGGCGCGGGAUCGACGUCCCGGACGUCGGGCACAUCGUCAACUACGACAUGCCGUCCACGGUGGAGAUGUAUAUCCAUCGCAUUGGGCGGACGGGGCGGGCGGGCAAGAGCGGCGCCGCCACCACCUUCCUGACGCUCAAUGACUCCGAGGUGUUCUACGAUCUCAAGCAGCUGUUAGUCCGGACCAAGAACCCGGUGCCGCCGGAGCUGGCCAGGCACGAAGCUGCCAAAGUCAAGGUUGCGAAAGCCGCCACAACUUCUGGAGCCGAGGAAGCUGAUGUAUCUGUCAAAGUUGCAGACUUUCUGGGUGAUUUGCUGGAUGCCUUGCUCCACCUCCACCUCAAACCUGGCCUUGCUUCGCUGGACUUCCGCGAAGAGAUCGCUCACUUCCAGUUGCGGGAACUCGUCGUCCGGGUCGUAAAUCUCCUCGUACUCGGACUCCAAGGGCUUGACGUACUGCGACGAUAUGUAAUCGAUGUGCUUCAUCGCCUCGAUUAUGCGCCGCAAGAACUUGCAGCGAUAGAAAAAACAAAUUGCCAGGGACCGAGACGAGCCCAAGUCGGAGAGAAUCCCUGCCAGGGCCGUGACGCCCUCGGAUGUCACGGUCUUGGCCAGGCAAUCCAGCGAAUUCCUGUAGCUCUGGCCGGCCUGGUUCAUCAUCCUCGUCUUGACAACGUCGGCCGGGCAGCUGAGCAGCGUGGCCGAGAGCCCCGAGAGCAGCGAUGCCAGAGUGUGCGCGAAAACGUUGUCCCCACAGACGCCAUUUUGUAUGAUUUUGUGCUUGGCCUGGUCGUAGCAAGCGAGCUCGCCCAUGUUGACGAGAAAGGCGCGCUGUGCGUUGGGGCCUACUCCCCUCCACAGCCCAAGCACGCCUUCGCUCGCGAUUAUUUUGUGGAAAGCGUCGGCGACGCUUGUGUACCUGGGAGCGUGGCCGAGCUUCACAAGUCGCCCGUCGGCUUGCAUCCGCACUUUUAUAAGGUCGGCGGGGCUCGCCACCACCUGCAUGCAUCGAAAACGAAGAAAGCUCCAUUACAACCACGAGCGAUCGACGAUCCCUCACCUUGGAGCUGGAGGCGCGUCUUGGUGAUGUCGAUCGGAAACGUCGCGGAUUCCGCCGCGAUCGCGGACGCCGCGGUGAGCGCCAGCCGCAUUCCAAAAUCGCGAUCCAUGCCCAAAAACCCUAACCCCCAAGAACAUGGGGAGAAUAUCCGCGCAUCUGCGCCUGCCAGCCGUUGGAUGCCGACGAGGAUGAGGCAAGAGCGAGGAGUGAUCAUAGCCAGGACGAGGAGGGCGAUGGAGGACGAAGACGAAGGAGGAGGAGAGGAGGAUUGCGAGGAGCAGCGGCAGCGACAGAAUCAAGCGGCGCCAGCGCUCUUCCUGUGCCCGAUCUCGCUGGAGAUCAUGCGCGACCCGGUGAUCGUGUGCACGGGCCAGACGUAUGAUCGCCCCAGCAUCGAGAAAUGGAUCCGCGAUGGCCACCGGAGCUGCCCCAUCACGAUGCUCCACCUCCACGAUCUCACGCUCAUCCCCAACAUCAUCGUCCGGCAGCUCAUCGAGGCGUGGUGCUCCAAGGAGGAAUCCGCCAGCGCCAUGUUUGCUCCUUCUCCUCCAUCGCCUCCUCCUCCGCCCUUCCUCCUCGCCCACCACGAUUUCUCGCCCCAGGAAUCGCUGGAUCUGGGCCGCCGCGAGCGAGUGCUCGGCCUCCUCCGCCGGAUCGCCAAGGGCCAGGACGUGAGGCAAUCGGUGGCGACGCUCAAAUCCAUGGCGAAAGAGGAGCUGUGUGGAUCGUCGCCCACGCCGCCCGAGGCCAAGAAGGUGUGUUCUUGCAUCGUGGAAGCCGGCGGCGCGCUGCUCAUGGCGUCCAUGCUGGCGGACGAGCUCAUACAGCACGGGACCGCGCUGCACGGGUCCCCGGACGGGUUCAUACAGCACGGUACCGCGCUGCACGGGGCACCGGACGGGUUUACCGCGCGGCACGAGGACAGCCCCUGCGAGGAGAUCAUGUCGCUGCUGGCGCUCCUGUGCCGCGGCGCGAGCCGGGAGGUGAUCGGCGCGGUGCUGUCGGAAUCGGGAGCGCUCCAGUGCGUCGUGUGUCACCUGGGCAGCGCCCAGAUCGACCUCGCGUCGCGGAUGAGCGCCGCGGUGCUACUCAAGCGGCUGCUGGCCACGGAGGAGAUGCGCGUCGAGGUCGGGCAAUCCACCCAAUUCUUCCACGGCCUGCUCGAUCUCAUCGAUUCCUCCUCCUCCAAGAAGGGCCUCGUCAAGCUCCUCCACCUCGCGUGCUCGCACAAGCCCAAUCGAUCCACAGCCGUGGAAGAAGGCGCGAUCCAGAUCCUCGUCAACCUCCUCCUCGCCGCCUCCUCGCCCCCAUCCUCCUCGUCCUCCUCCGGCGAGGACCGCGGGCUGGAGACAACCGAGCGCGCGCUGGCGACACUGGAGCAGCUGUGUACCGUGGAGCAGGGGCGCCGCGCGGUAUGCGAGAGUACCGCGGCGGUGCACUGCGCGGUACGGCUGCUGGUCGGGUACUCGAGGCCGGCGACCGAGCACGCGACGGGGCUGUUGCUGCUGGUUUGCCAGUCGGGCCCCGUCCAAGUGGUCCAGAUCGCCAUGAGAGCUGGGGCGCGCCGCCAGCUUCUACUGCUACUCCAGAGCGAUUGCACGGGACGGGCAAAGAAGAGGGCGCUGGAGCUCCUCAAGCUCUUCCACGCCAUCUUCUUCGUCCAGGGCGACGAGCACGCCUCCUCGGAUUUCAAGAAUGUGGAUCUCUACUGAUGCUCGCUCUCUAACUCGAGGCAAAGAUCUUAUAGAUCCGUGUGGGGUUCUUCUUCCUCCUCUCGACUCUUUCCAUCUCUUGGUUUUAUGGGAGGGAGGCCUCUCUCUCUCUCUCUCUCUCUCUCUCUCUCUCUUUUCCUCCUCGAGAAUGCGAUCGAGGAGGGAUAGUGGAGGAGGGAUUUGUUUUGGGUUUCCCAGGAGGUGUGAGAUCUGCAUUGAAUUGCCCACCAAAGAUCAGCAGCGGCGCAGCUCUGGAAGAAGAACUGAAAACGAGGCGCUCCGCGCGCCAGAUCUUCCUUUCUUUA